AUGGAUUUCUCUUGUCAUGUCAGCAUAAGCAACGAGUCAGACCAGGAUCUUCUUCUUGACGACUCUGGUCUCGAGAGUGGAAACUGGCCGUUACGUCAGCCGCUGAAUGUCAUUGAGGCGGGUACGCAGCAGACCAUUUACCUCGCUCAGCCAAGUUGGGGAGGUUCCAAAGCUUGGGUUACGUAUAUCGCUAGAUAUGGUCAAGGAUGGAGGGACUUUACCCUCGAGUUCGAGUGUCCUGCUCUACCGUUCUCCAAGAACCAUGUCAAGGUGAAGGAUUGUUCAAAGGUCUUUCAGAUUGAUGUGACACAUGUUCAAGAACGGGGGAGCCCAUUAACUGCAAAUGUGACUAUUCGCAUGGACCCGAAUGCCUACACGACGACGAACGAUGAAGUCCGCGCAAACUACGACAUUGGCGUUGGCGUAUCCUUCCCGACAAAAAUGGAUAUCAAGUUCCCCGUCCACGAAAGCAUCGUCGUCGCAGCCUUCAUCAAUUCCGACAUGAUCUUCCCCCGAGGCACAGUUUACAACAACAUCAACGACAAGCAAUGGGAAUUUUUCCGGGGCGUAGUCUGGAACGACGACCCUUCAUGUCUACUGUUCGAAGAUAUUACAACGGAUAACAGGAUGUUCAGCCUGGGUAUUGAGUGGUUGAAUGCCUUCAAGUUUGGCGAGGAGAAGUGCAUGACCAAGAGAUCGCAUAUGGGGAAUCUUCAGUUCUUCCAUGGUAUGGGCUCAGUGCUGGGUGAGAAGCCGGAGAAGACGAGGAAGAAUAUUCUUACGUGGAUCGAGGUUAUGUACAAGCUCGCAUGUGGCAACCAGGGCAUUUCGGAGACGGAUGAACUCAAGGAUGUGCUCCCUGGAUACUUUGGCAAGGAAACCGUCCCCUCGAAAACUGAUACCCUCCGCGAUCUUCUCCUCGCCACGACACCAAAGUACAAAGAUGCCGACAUCCAAAAACGAGCCUUUGGCGUUUGUCUACACAUGAUAUCCGACUCCUACGCCCUAGGCCAUACCCAACGCCGUCUCAAGAAUCCCUCCGAUAUGAUCGAGCGCGAUACAGCAGGCUACAUUCGCUUCCAGCCUGAUACAUACGGCGACUGGGGUUCUAUCGUUUGCUUCCACACGUACAACGACCAGGAUGGCGAUCGACAUGGACACUACGAUGACAAGGAUGGUGAAGUUGACCCCACACCGAGGGACGUCACGACAUUUAACGAAACGAUCGGCGCGAGAAACGCUAUCGACGCGUGUACGAACAUGAUUAAUAUGUUCAUCAAGAAGACCGAGUGGGAUGAUGGAGUCAGGCAGUUCUUGGAAGAUGAGAUUUUCGUACUGGAUCGCUGCGCGAGACCGUCUGAUUGUUUUACUGAUGAGUCUGUUGUCUCGGAUGUCUAUACGUACGAGGAGGAUAUUAAGAAGACGGAGGAGUUCGACUAUGAGGCUGGACUGCAGCGAAAGCUUGCUUCUCUGGAGGCGGGCACUAGCGCACCGACAAAGUGUGAUUUGAGGAGAAGAUAUAGGGUUUCGGGAUUAGCGAUGAUGUGUGUUUUCAUGAGUGCUUUUAUGCUCACGUUUGUUACGCUGAGGAUUCAUGGGCAUAUGUACUGA